AUGACGGUUGACUAUCCUACCAACAAGAUCUGGAGUACCCUCGUAACCAAGAGGGCGUACUUUGGCGGGGCCUUGGUCCUCAACCACACCUUGAAAAAGGUGGGGUCAAGGUACCAGCUCAAGAUCAUGGUCACCCGCGAAGCCGAGGCCGACAAGGACUUCAUGGCUGCUUUUGCUGCUGCCGGCAUUCCCACAAUUCUCAUCGAAGGCAUCGAGCCCACACGAAAAACCAAGGUCAACAAGGCCUUUUGGCAGAAGCUGGCUCCAUGGGCCAUGACCGAAUAUGAGAGAAUCGUCCUCCUCGAUAGCGACCAAGUCAUUCUCCAAAACAUUGAUGACUUGAUGACCCUAGAUCUUCCAGAGGGCUACAUUGCAUGCGCACACGCUUGCACUUGCAACCCCCGCAAGAUUUCCCACUAUCCCGAAGAUUGGAUCCCCAAAAAUUGCCCCUUCACCUCGGCCAACCAGCACACCGGCUCCCCAGCACCCAUCCACCCCACCUCCCCGCCCACCCACCACCUCCUCAACAGCGGCACCGUAGUCCUGACCCCCUCAAAACCGCAAUUCGACGCUCUUAUCGAUGCCAUCGAAACCCACCCGGACGUGCCCCACAUGGUCUUCCCCGACCAGGACAUCUUGGCCAUCGUCUACCGCGGGAGAUGGAAGCCUUUGCCGUACGUCUACAACGCCCUCAAGCCGAUGCGGGACUGUCACUCUGCUCUGUGGAGGGAUGAAGACGUGAAAGUGCUGCAUUACAUCCUUAACAAGCCGUGGGAGAGCAGAGGCUUUGAUGGGGACGACGAGGUUGAGAGCACGCAUAGGCUGUGGUGGGAAGCGUGGGAUGAGGUGGAGAGGGAGUGGAUUGGAAGCGAGGCGGGAGAGGAGAAGAGGUGGUUGUUUGAGAGGGUGGUGAGGCCGGCUGUUGCGCCGGAGUGA